CGCGUCAAUGUUUCGGGGAGCUGUUUUAGCGGUGCAACAAUAGUACUUCCGGCUCACAUAUAAACCCUUCUGCGUGAUUUACAAGUUAAACGUACGUUUUAGACUAACUAUCUGCGUAUAUUUACCGGGAAACUAUCGUUAAAUCCGUGGCAGUUGUUUGUCAGAAUGAAGCUGCUCACGCACAACAUGUUGACAUCGCACGUGAAGGGGGUCGUUAAAGGAUACCCGCUGCUCAUCAAGGCCACCGAGGUGAAGGUGAAUGAGGUGGACUUCAACCCUCAGUUUGUCAGCCGGAUGAUCCCCAAACUGGAGUGGAGCGCUCUGGUCCAGGCUGCAGACGAGUUGGGUCAACGGGAAGACCUGCCUGGUGAGCUGGUGCCGGAAUAUGAGAAUAAUGAAGAAUUCCUGAAGAAAGUGCACAGAGUGCUGCUUGAGGUGGAGGUGAUCGAGGGCGUCCUGCAGUGCCCCGAAUCAGGACGAGAGUUCCCCAUCUCCAGAGGAAUCCCCAACAUGCUGCUGAACGACGACGAGGUGUAGACGGCGGCUUCGCGGAGCCAGCAAGUUCCCACGCGCAGCCUCGCCCCACGCCGUCACUCAGAUGGGAUUAUGGGUAUUCAGAGAGAAGAGAGAGAGGUUGGACUUAAAUUGGUGCCAUGAGAACCGCACUGUUUGAUUGUUGUUAUGACAUUUAAGAGGCUGAUGCUGCCAAUGGAGGAAAAAGAUGGAAACGUUCCCAGAGCAACCCCCAGUGGUUUUAUCUGGAUUUAUAUUUGUUACUGUUUGGGUUUUCUCUUUUGUUUUUUCUUUUUCAAUAAAACUGUCCCGAUGUCUAUGAGAGCUCAAA